AUAUGACGCUUUCUUUGCUAAAACAUUAAUUUAUUUUCUGGUCUGUGUCAACUAUGGCGUUGAAAGCAUCAGUUUAAAGUGGAAAAAUAAACGAACCGGAGCUCCAAAUAGCGAUUCGGAUCUAACAGAAAACCCAAAAUUCCCCUGUUUCCUCAUCAUGCCGUGAAGAUCAAAUUCCCCCAAUUCCGCAAUCCUGAUCAAUUAUUUAUGACUACGGGAGUCGAGAGGCAUGCCAAUUUCCCAGCACCAGCAGCUCCUGCAAUGGCGCCCGAAGCGAAGGACCGAUCCGGAUGCUGCAACCCGGUUAAGAAGUCGGGCCCUGUCACUCUCGACCACGUGCUCUCCGCCCUGCGCGAGACUAACGAGGAGCGGGACUCCAGAAUCCGGAGUUUGUUCAGUUUCUUCGACUCCGAUAAUCUAGGGUAUUUGGAUUCCGCUGUGAUUGACAAGGGGCUUUCUGCGAUGCAAAUCCCCGCUGAUUACAAGUUCGCCAAGGAGCUCUUGUUAGUCUGCGACGACAAUCAGGACGGGAGGGUUGAUUACCAGGAGUUUAGGAAGUAUAUGGACGAUAAGGAGCUUGAAUUGUACAGGAUUUUUCAGGCGAUUGACGUCGAGCACAACGGCUGCAUUCUGCCCGAGGAGCUCUGGGAUGCUCUUGUCAAAGCUGGGAUAGAACUUGAUGAUGAUGAACUUGCUAGUUUUGUUGAGCAUGUCGAUAAAGACAACAAUGGAAUCAUAACAUUUGAGGAAUGGAGGGAUUUUCUGCUUCUGUAUCCGCAUGAAGCCACCAUAGAGAACAUCUAUCGUUAUUGGGAAAGGGUAUAUCUUGUAGAUAUUGGUGAACAGGCAGUGAUUCCUGAAGGCAUCAGCAGGCAUGUUCAUGCAACAAAAUAUUUAAUUGCAGGUGGAGUUGCCGGAGCAGCUUCUCGUACUGCAACUGCACCUCUUGAUCGUCUAAAGGUGACUUUACAAGUUCAGACUACGCAUGCUUCCAUUGGUCCAGCAGUUAAGAAGAUAUGGAACGAAGGUCGCUUUUUAGGUUUUUUUCGAGGUAAUGGGAUAAAUGUACUGAAGGUUGCACCUGAAAGCGCCAUAAAGUUUUACAGUUAUGAAAUGUUGAAAAAUGUGAUCGGAGGAGAUGAUGGCCGUAUUGGGACUCCAGGACGACUUCUGGCAGGUGGUUUGGCUGGUGCAGUGGCCCAAACCUCAAUUUAUCCAAUGGACCUUGUCAAAACUCGGUUGCAAACUUAUGUUUGUGACAGAGGGACUGUUCCAAGUCUGGGUAAACUAUCUAGAGAUAUAUGGGUUCAGGAGGGACCCCGAGCUUUUUACCGAGGGUUGGUGCCGUCUCUUCUUGGAAUUAUACCUUAUGCUGGUAUUGACCUAGCAGCCUACGAGGCAUUGAAAGAUAUGUCCAGGAAGCAUAUUCUUCAAGAUGGUGAACCUGGUCCUCUUAUACAACUAAGUUGUGGGACUGUCUCGGGAGCUCUUGGAGCGACAUGUGUGUAUCCACUGCAGGUAGUAAGAACAAGAAUGCAAGCUCAGCCCUCCAAUACACACAAUAGAAUGUCAGAUGUAUUCUGGAAAACAUAUCGGCAUGAGGGCAUUCGAGGCUUCUAUAAAGGCCUUUUCCCGAAUCUCCUUAAAGUCGUGCCAGCAGCCAGCAUUACCUACCUGGUUUAUGAGGCGAUGAAGAAGAGCCUGGAUCUGGAUUAGCAACUUUAUUCUUGAUGGAGUGGAGAAACCGACGAUGACAAUGAUGACGAUGACGAUGACGAUGACGACAACUACUACAGGUGAAUAAGAUUGUUUGUGGAACUGGUGAUAAUUCUUGAGUUAUACAACGAUUUUGAUUGCCCCUUUGGAUGAUAGCAUAGGAGUGGGAGCUGAGCUAUUAUGGGGGGGUUUGACUGACUAACAGUUAAUAUAUGUAUGUGUCAUGAGUAAUACUACUUAGAUAAUUGUUGUAGGCUUUUGCCACACAAUUCCUGCACAGAAAAUUGCCCAUUUGCGGAACUAGUCAUUUUUGCUAUAUCAUUAAUAAUACCCAUAAAUCUUUUUCUGCA